AUGCCACCCGCGUCGCCUGCAGAGGCACAGACCGUGCGAUCGACGUCUAAGGCGUCGAAGCCGUCAAAGCAACUGAAGACUCAGCUGGAGCCUGACCUCCUCCGCGCAGUGCCACUUGACCGAGCCCUCGCCGGCUGGGGCAGGCACUGGGAGACCCCCGACAGUGGUAUGUUUAAUGUGGAUCCAAAGAACUACAAGCUGAGCCAGCCCAGUGAAUCCUUGGACGUGUUCCUCAGCCAUGACUGGGCUUCGAGCGGAAAACAAAAGUUCUUGUCGCUUCUCAUUGUUUACAACUCACGCGCUGCUUUUCUGGCAUGCCUUGCGGUCAGCGUCCUUGUGGGCAUGCUGCGUGGUUACAAUUUGCUGCCGGAUGAGGGCUGGACCGUGGUGAUUGGUCAUGGCACCUAUCUGUUGGUUUUCCUCUUCUGGCAGCGCUUGCGGACGCUCGUUUGCGGACCUUUGAUGGUAUUCCUGGACAAGCUCUGUGUAGCUCAGCAUGACGAAGAAUUGAAGAAGAAAGGCAUCGAAGGGAUCGCAGCCUUUCUUCUGAGCUCCCGACAGCUCUUGAUUUUUGUGACGCCGCGGUACUUCCGGCGUCUUUGGUGCUUGCUAGAAGUGGCCACAUUCAUGAAAGAUCCGGAGCGGCAGAGGAGCAUCCAUUUCAUGCCCUUAAAGACAGCAGUUCUAUUUCUGCUGGCUUCCGGAUGUUGGUUUAUUUUGGCCAUCGGCUGGAACGUGUCUUCCGGAGUUGUCAGACCCAGUGUCCUGGGAUCUGCAGAAUCUACGGAGGCGUGGAGCCAAACGCUGAUUUUGACCGGGCUGAUGCUCCUCCUUUCCGGUGCUGUGCUACCCUUUGUCUUCUACUUGGGCAUGGCUCUCGUUGCGGAUUUGGAGAAAAUUCCUCGUCAAUUGGCAAACUUCCGAUUGGACGACGCGGAGUGCUUCUGCUGCUCCAAUGAGCAUCGGCACCCGCACAACGGAUCUCGGCUGCAAUGCGACCGGAAGCUGGUUUACAACACCUUGAAGCAGUGGUACGAUGAGGAAAGCGAGGCUGAUCAUCUGGAGACAUUCAGCAGGCUUGUUCGUGAGGAGUUAGCCCCCAGCAUCGCACUGCUCAUUAGUGGUAUGACAUUGCCUCUUUCCUAUACCGUGUUCACUGUCGGUGCGAGCAAUCUGCCUUACCUCGCAGACCAUAUCGCGCUGUGGAUUGCCAGUGUUCGCAAAGGCACCUCCGGCUAUAUUCUUUUCGUCUUCACGUUACGGCAAGUCGCCGACUGGAGCACGGUGCCGUUGGCCAGCAUGUUGGCUGUCUGGAUCUCCCCUCCUCUGUGGAAGGCAGGCCUCCGCCUGCGAAGCCGUUGGUGCGCCACCAUAGUGACGCAAUCCAUUGCUGUUUUUUUAGUGGCCAUGGUUUGGAUUCCCAUGCAAGUCGUCCUAGGCUUGACCCAGCACGAUGACUUGCGUCCUGUGACGCUGUUCCUCUUUUGGCUGGCAGUGCUCCUGGCACUCCAUUCCCCAUUGGGCAGAGAAGGGUUGGCCUGGGCUGUGAGCGAGAAGCCCUGGACGCUCGCGAAGGAAAAGGAGGAUUCUGCUCUGGAUGACAGCGUUCCCUGGGGAAAGCCAGCGGCAAAGAGCGCGGAAUGCGCCGGCACGGGUCGAGAAGUGGCCGCACAAGGAACUCUGGCAGUCGCGGGCACUUUCUCCGUUUGA